AUGUCAAGUGGAUCUGUCAGAGAGAUUUCGCUGAAAGAAAUCGAGCAGGUACAAAAUCUCAUAGAACGAUGUAUGCAACUAUAUAUGAACCCAAAAGAAAUUGUGGAAACUCUACUAACUAAAGCAAAAAUUGAGCGUGCUAUUACAGAAUCUGUUUGGCAAAAGCUUGAAGAACAAAAUCAAGAAUUUUUCAAGGCUUAUUAUUUGAGGUUGAAGCUGAAGGAGCAAAUAACUGAGUUCAACAGGUUGCUUCAGGAACAAGCUGAGUUAAGUCAACUACAAUCACCUGCUGUUGCUUCACUACCCAACUCUAAUGGUUCACAUGUUUCUUCAUUACCUCAGAAUCCAUCUUGCUAUGCCUCUGAGCAAUCCAGUGCAGUUGUGAAGAAGUCAGAGAAUAUGAGACAUUCCACCUUACCUGAUGUGUGUAAUAAUGGCGGCUCGUCGCUGAUCACAAGUAUGCACGAUUUGACUCCGAUAUCUGCUCGUGUCAAUGGGAUUAACAGCCCACCAAGCACGCUUUCAUCUCAACCCGGAUAUUCGGGUAGUCCCCCUUAUAUUUUUGGUCAUGAUGGCACUGUCUUGGAAGUAUGGCCAACUAUUGGUGAUGCAGCGGGUACAUCAUUUAAUAGUGUUGACUCAAACUCCCAUUCUAUGAAUGGAGCACUCAUUGACUCAGAUAUUUCAUCAUUUGGAUCUUUGGGGCAGAUUUCUAGAAACUUCAGCCUUUCAGAUCUGACUGCUGAUUUUUUUCAGAGUUCUGAUUGA